AUGCGGAAAAAGAAAAAGUAAGGGAUACGGUAGUUCUGGGUUAGGAUUAGCCCAAAAAUGAAAUUUAAAUUUCUAACGUUAUUUUGGAGGUGUUUAACCCUAACAUUGUAUUUAUAAAAUUCUCUUUUCUUUCGCCAUCUCUUCUCAUUUUCCACAAUCGAAUCCCGAAAAAAAAAUUUUAGAGAUCUCGAGAGAAUCCAUCCCUCAGAUUCCGUCGAUGUUUUGGAAAGACAAAGAGAACUCCAGAAAAAGAGAGAUGAGGUAUGUGGUUACUAUAAUAAUAAUAUACCAUUUAAAAAAAGUUUUUUUUUUAUUUUUGUUGCACUUUAGAAGGCAUUCUGGACGCCUCAACAGACUAGUCCUGUGGGUAUGUUACAUUCUGAUCCAAGUUUUAUUACCCCGAUAACCCAGUCUUCUGUUCAUUUCGGGUUCACAAAAAGUUUGCUUCGUUUUUCAUUUUCUUAUGACUUCUACCUACAAAGAUUUCACAGCUAAUUUCCAGCCCCUUCAAUUCCAACCGAGGCAUCCUCGGCAAAGAAAACGGAAGAAGAACUUCUUGGAAUUGGCCCUAUACCUCGAGAUGUGGCCAGAGAAAUCGACGAGGAGCAGGCCAGAAGAAAAGAAAUUGAACCCGAAGUUAGAUUCUGA